AUGACUGAAAACGAGGAUCUGCUGGCCAAGAUCGGUCAACUUGCAGGUCAAAUCAACCGGCAUAGGUCUCAAGAUACCCAGCAAACUAACCACCAGUCUCAAUAUGUAUCUCGCCAUGCUCCCUCCCACCAAGGAUGGUCUCCAUACUAUCGAGGCCGUGGCCGAGGCCGCGGUCGAGGAGCACCAGCUCCCCACCGACACCUUACCCUUGUCUUGAACAAUACAGCAUCUGGAUCUAAUUCCGGUGUCAGUGCUUCGACUACCCCGACAAGCGCCCACGAAGGCCCCACGCCAACGUCGGCGACGUUCACAGGCAAUGGCUGGAUUGCGAAGCGCGACCGUCACAUGCAACUGAUUAACUCUUCCGUCUACGAGAAGGAGACACUGGCUCGCUCAAAGGCGAUGGAAGAGACACGCAAGAUUAGAGAGCAAAGAAAAGCAGAGCGGGAACAGGCCAAGGUAUUGCGCUACGCCCAGGGUCCUGGCGGGGUCGCUACGGUCUCUACACCUGCACAUCCCACGGCUGGCCAUGAAAUCAUGGUCAAUGACGUCGCAUUUAGAGUUGCACGUGGUGGCAGCAAACUUAUGCGCAUCUCGAGUGCGUACCUCCCUUUUGCUUUGUCUUCGCAUCGAAUCAGCUUACCCUUCGUAGACGACCCCAACACCGCCAACAACACUCCAAAGCGAGUCACAAUUGCUGGUGUACCUUUCGUACGCAGCAAGAACGGAAAUCUGCACCGUCUAGGUGCCGUGGCUUCAAAGAAACAUGUCACCACCAAGAAACGCGACGAGCUCUGCAAAAGAUUUACAACGACCGGCACAUGUUACAAAGGCCCCACCUGCCUCUUUACCCACGAUCCGAUCAAGGUUGCUAUUUGCAAGGACUUCCUCCAGACCGGUCAGUGUGCCGCAGGUAGUAGUUGUGAUCUAUCCCAUGAGCCUUCUCCCCACCGUUCCCCCGCUUGUAUGCAUUUCCUCAGAGGGCGGUGUGCCAACCCGGAGUGCCGGUACGCUCACGUCCGAGUCACGCCCGGUGCUCCUGUGUGCCGCGCCUUUGCUACAUUAGGAUACUGCGACAAGGGCGAUGCUUGUGAAGAAAAACACGUCCACGAGUGCCCCGACUAUGCCAAUACCGGCGCCUGCAACAAGAAGCGUUGCCAACUGCCGCAUGUCGACCGCGCAGGUCAAAUUCGCAAGGCCGCUGCAGCAGCUGCGGCGGCUGACCAGGGCGAUGAUGAGUCCGAUGCUUCUAGUGAGGAGGAGACGUAUGAUGCCAUCGACUCCGACGAUGUUGAUUCGGACGCGUUUGACGAUUGUCCUGAAGAACUGGUCGAAGGCAUGGACAGCGGCGAGAUGUCGCAGCAGCAAGAUUUCAUUGCCCUCUAA